AACCCCAGAGCGGGACACUCCGGGAUCGGAGCAGAGGGUAAAGUCAUCGCAGAGGCUGCUGUUUUACAAGGUCUGGGCACAGACGUGCCCCUCCCGUCCUCCCUGAAGUUUGCAUGAAGUGCACGUUAGGCUGUAAUUAGGGGAUCUGGGAGGAGAACUUUCCUGGUGACGCUUUGCUUUUCUUCUGCUCUUGGUGAGAAAGUGCCUCCUUCCCAGGAUCAGGACCUCUGCCAUCCAGCGCCACAGAGAGACAUUCUAUACACACACACACACACACACACACACACACACACACACACACGCUGCCCAGAGACAAACUUAAGGUGAGGAGAAACAGCCAUAGCUUCACUUGGUCUCCAGCUUCCAACUUAAGCAGGACUUGAAAGCAUCUGAACUUCUGGAUUUCAGGACAAGUGAAGAAGAUUCUCUGGGCUAUAAAGAUGAAGAGUCUACUUCUUCUGGUGCUGAUUUCUAUUUGCUGGGCUGAUCACCUUUCAGACAACUACACUCUGGAUCAUGACGGAGUUGUUCACAUCCAAGCAGAAAAUGGCCCCCGUUUACUCGUGGAAGCAGAACAAUCCAAGGUAUUCUCACACCGAGGUGGCAAUGUUACACUGCCAUGUAAAUUUUAUCGAGACCCUACAGCAUUUGGCUCAGGAAUCCACAAAAUUCGAAUUAAGUGGACCAAGCUCACUUCGGAUUACCUCAAGGAAGUGGAUGUUUUCGUUUCCAUGGGAUACCACAAGAAAACCUAUGGAGGCUACCAGGGUAGAGUGUUUCUGAAGGGAGGCAGUGACAAUGAUGCUUCUCUGGUCAUCACAGACCUCACCCUGGAAGAUUAUGGGCGAUACAAGUGUGAGGUGAUUGAAGGACUAGAAGAUGAUACCGCUGUGGUAGCAUUAGACUUACAAGGUGUGGUAUUCCCUUACUUUCCACGACUGGGGCGCUACAAUCUCAAUUUUCAUGAGGCCCAACAGGCCUGUCUGGACCAGGACGCUGUGAUAGCCUCCUUCGAUCAGCUGUACGAUGCCUGGCGGGGCGGGCUGGACUGGUGCAACGCUGGCUGGCUCAGCGACGGCUCUGUGCAGUAUCCCAUCACCAAGCCCAGAGAGCCCUGUGGGGGCCAGAACACAGUGCCUGGCGUCAGGAACUACGGGUUUUGGGAUAAAGAUAAAAGCAGAUACGAUGUUUUCUGUUUUACGUCCAACUUCAAUGGGCGUUUUUACUAUCUGAUCCACCCCACCAAACUGACCUACGACGAAGCGGUGCAGGCUUGCCUCAAGGAUGGUGCUCAGAUCGCGAAAGUGGGCCAGAUCUUUGCUGCCUGGAAACUUCUGGGCUAUGACCGCUGCGACGCGGGCUGGUUGGCAGACGGCAGUGUCCGCUACCCCAUCUCCAGGCCGAGGAGACGCUGCAGCCUCACCGAGGCCGCAGUGCGCUUCGUGGGGUUCCCAGAUAAAAAGCAUAAGCUGUACGGCGUCUACUGCUUCCGAGCAUACAACUGAGGGGGCCCCUAGAGCGCGUCGGCUUUAAAGUCACCAAGAACAUGUGAAAGGUUUUUGUUGUCAGUAUGAACUCACGCAAGCUACCAAAACUGUGAUAACCCUUUUUUACUUACUGUAAAGAGUCAUUUUCAUAAAGACCAAUUCAUUAAUUUGUUUUUGUAAAGCUAUCAUUCAAUAUAUAUUAUAAAUUAAUAUAAUUUUAAGGGAAGCUUUACAUAAGAAAGCUUUAGAGCUAAACUGUUGAAGCUAUAUCCUCCCAACAGAGUAUCCUUCCACGAGCGGGCAUGCAAUAGGUUGAGAACGGCUAGGGUUAAGGGAAGGCAAGUAAAGCUACUCAGAGCAGCGGCUCUCACAAGCACAAAUUUUACACAUUUGUACAAUUUUGAAAUGCACUACCAUGAACCAGUUACAACACACGAUUUGAAAUACAGGCUUCUUUACAUGAACUGAGAAGUUAUACAAAACUCAGUUUCACAAGGGAACAAUCUAUACUUUUCUAAAAGUUCGUAUCUCAAGCCUGCACUAAACAGACUAUUUUACUCUUUAAAAUUCUGCCUUUUUGACCAAAAACAAAACAAAAAAAUUCGUAUGGAUUUCAGUGCAUAGUAACAAGCACAGUUCUAACUCCUUCAUAAUUCCAUUUAUAUGAAGUAUGAGACUAAGCAGGUAAUAUUUAACCAAGGAAAACCUUCUACCAUGUUAUAAUUAAAAUUACAUACAUCUAGGAAGGAUUGUUUUAUCUUUUGAGUAGCUUUACUGAGUUAUAUUUAAAUUCUAAGGGCCAUUUGCUAAGCAGCAUUUAGCAUCUACUCAGGGCAGUUAUAUACAUGAACUGCUGGACAGAUAAAUGGUAAAAUUUAGCAGCUUGAUUUAUGUUAGCCUAUAAAAUGUUAUUGUCCUACAAAAAUAACUUUAUUUAAUAUUUCUUUUUUAUUACAUUAUGUGAAAAAAUUACAUCAUAAAAGCAAUGAAUAACUAUAUACUUGCCUCGCCAAGGAACAAAGACCCAACUUUCCAAAUUCUUAUUAUUCCUAUUUGUAUAUCCACCAGAAAGUCCAACUGGUGCCUGUGUUUGGGGGGAAAGGUCAACCAUGGAGGUCUAAACGUUCUCCCAAAUAGACAAUGUGGUCAAUAAUGUCCCUUUCCUUGCUGGUCAUCAUUAGGCUUAAAGGAAAUGCUGAAGUUGUCAUCAAAGAGUUUACACUAAAAUCUUCUGGCCUUUAAAAGAAAGGUUAAGUCCAGCUUCAAACAACAACUUUCCACAUUAGCAGCUCCGAUCUUAAAUAAAGUUCUGUUUUCCUAUAUUUUUAUGAUUGCUGAGACCCCACAGGGACCAACAUUUGUAUUCAAAUUACAUUUCAGGGUUUCCCAUUGUUUCACAAAUGAGUUCUAAUAAAUGGGAUUUAGUGUAAGAAUCCAAGUAUGACAUAGCUGGUAUGCUUUCAAGAAUGUUUUUAUGUAGAUUUUCCUUCCAUGAACAUGAGUAAAUAAAUCUGUUUCCUGAAUUGAUUGUGGUUGCAUUUAAAGCUCUGUAAUAAUGCUAAUAAAUUUACUCUAUA